GUUGCGUGAUUUCAUUUUUGACGUUUAAUCUGAUCAUUGAUUGACAAAAUGUGUUUUUCUCACAGUUAUUAUUCGUCGUAGUAUAGUGAAUUAAAACUAACCAAUAAACAAGCCCUUUCAGCAUUACUAACUAUAAUAUUUUAUAUCGCCCAAAGAAAAAACAAUUACUCAGUUGGCGUAUAUUAUAAACAAAAUUCAUAGGAAACUGCUAUACAUACAGGUGUCAAUAUGUUAUCAGAUGAAUCAAGCAGUGAUUCAGAAACUGGCAGGUUCAAAUGUCAAUCAAAAACUCAAGGUAAAAGACCAAAUGAACAUGAUACCAAAAGGGAGAAUUUAUUUGGUAGAUCUUCAGGAAGGAGUAGGAGACCUGAUGACAGGUUAAACAGAGACAUGGACAGAAAGAGAGAUGAAAGAGAGAGAUUUGAAAGGCACUCUAGGGAAAGACAUAGAUACUCUAGAUAUUCUCCAGCAAGAAGAAGGCAUUCUGGAGAUAGGAGUAGGAAUAGACGCACCCCAGAUAGGCAUAGAGAUAGACAUGCCAUUGACCCUAGAGGGAUAUCUAGGCAACGAGAUAUUCGAAGCAGUAGUAGAGACAAAUAUAGACGCUCGAGAUCUAGGUCAUGUAAGUCUCCAGGAAAAGUACGAAAUAUUAAAGAUGAGGUAAAAGCCAUAAUAACAGGAAAAGAAAAAAAUUUAGAUGAAGUUGAGAUAAAAUCUAAAAUUGAGAAAUCAUCAUCUCCAGAAAUGAUGACAAAAAAAUCAACAGUACACAAACCCACUAUUUCAGAGACUCAAAAGAGAACAAGCGACAGUCCCAUUUUAAUUGAAGAAAAUGAAGGCAGCGAUACCUCUGACAUAGUACAACCUGGCUCUUAUUAUAAAAUGAUACCUGCAAUUGUAAAGGACAAAUCUGAGGAAUCUAGUGAAAUUGAUUCCUCUGAUGAUGAAAAGCUAAGAGCCAAAUUACUAAAUUUGGAAAAAGAAUUGCAGAAAACGAAAAAGAAAAAACAUAAAAAGAAACAUAAACGAAAAAGCUCAAAGUCUGAUAAAGAGAAACAAGAGUCUUCAGCACCAGUAGAGGUAAGUAGUACCACUGACAUACAAGAAGUGAAAGCCGAUGUACCCUCUAAAAUCCCCGAAACUGAGGUAACUUCUACCCAAAAAACUAAUCAAAAAGAGAGUAGUGAAGAAGGAGAAAUAUUAAGUGAUGACAUUUCUCAAUCAGAUGUUGAAAUUGAUCCUACUGAUUUACGGCACAAAUUAAAACGAUCUAAAACAGAUACUCAAGAUAAAAUACCGAAACUUGAUGUAUGUGGACCAGCUCUACCUCCACAUUUAGAAAGACGUUUUCAAAAAAGCUUAUCCCCUGUAAGUGAGGGUCCUACUUUGCCUAAACAAAACAAAUCCCGAAAUAUAGGACCAUUAAUACCAGAAAAAAUGCGUGAAGUUUUAGCGGAAAAUAGUGAUGUUGUCCGAGAAGUGAUAAAAUAUGAGAGUUCUGAUGAUGAUGGCAUAGGCCCGUUGCCAGCUGGUGCGGAAGACAAGUGGUCUGAUGCUCAUCAACGGCUGGAAGAGCGAGCCAUUGAAAUGAAGAUCAAAACCCUCGAUGGUCAUUCAUUACAAAACUCAAAUAUCAAGUCUCGUGAACAAUGGAUGUUAGAGCUGCCUGAAGGCAAAGCUAAAUAUUUAGGAUUGGAAGCACGAUCCUUUAGAGCGAAAGCGGGACCUGACAUGUCAGAUAGGUCGAGUUGGACUGAUACCCCAGAAGAUAAAGCCCGAAAAGCUUUAGGUAUACCUAAAGAAGAGGAUGCAAAUACAACACUUCAAAAAGAAGCACGGAUGCGACAAAUUGAAAGCCGAGAUGAUGAACAGGAGAAGGCUGUUAGAAAACAUAAAAAGAAACAUAAAAGAGAAGAGAGCCUUUUAGAAAUACAUCAAAAGAAAUUGAAAAAGAAGAAGAAGAAGGAUGAAAAGGACGAUGAAAAAAAGGAACGCCGCCCGUUCAGUCGUGACGUUGAUUUGGCGGUGAACCGCUUCGACGAGGCUCAAAAGAAGUCUAUAAUCAAGAAAGCACAAGCUCUGAAUACGAGAUUUUCGAGCGGCGAAGCAAAGUUUUUGUAAAAUUAAAACAAAUAGUUAUGAAUUCCGUAUGAUAUUAUUUUAGUAGUUGUUAUACACGAGCCGAUCACAAUUAGGAAGAUUGACUCGACUGACUGCCCUAGACUGAACCACAGUUCAAUAAUGCGUGUUUGAAAUGUGGACUACGUACGCCUUUAAAAUAUUGUAGUAUGUUCUAUCUACUAGGUGACGUCAUUAUAUCCUCGUUUUUGUCUAUCACGCUCCAGCUUCCACAAAAAACGCCGGGAAUAUAAGCAGGAGAUUCUUCGUUACGUUUCUUAAUGUAAAUAUGUUGGCAAAAAUAGGAAAUACUAAAGUUUUGUCCAUAUUUUAUUUAAUCGUGUUAGUGAUAUUAUUGUUUGGAGCAAAGGUAAUAGUUGAAGGGGAUAUUUUUAGCACCGGGUUUUAAUAAAUUUCGAUGGGAUUUAAAUUUUAUUACUUAAUGGUUUUAAUAAAUAGUAGCUGUUUUCGAAAUUACUUUAAGUUUAAUACGAGUUCUGUAAAUUCCAAGCUUUAACAUAAUUAUUUUUGUUAUCAUUUAACAAGGGUUAAAAAAAAAACAAUCCUGUUGUAAUUUUUUAUAUUAAACAAAAUUUUACAGUAUUUUGCAGUCGGGUAUGAAUUAGAAAUGCGAAAGUUUAC